UGAAUCGAUAGAACCGGUCGAACUUGAACUGAAUGCACAUUAUACAAUACGAACGGCCGGUUCAUUUCACCCGCUCGUGGAAAUGACUUCCACCUUCUUCAAUCCUGCGCCGUCGUGCAACGUCGCCGUCAUUUCUUCUUCCUUUCUCAGAUUCAAGUUCAUACCGAAAUUUCCCACCACCAUACCUUCAUCGUCUGUUUCGACGGUCUCCUUUCGCGCCAAAACUACCGUUAACUGUUCUCUCCCCGCCCCUGGCCAUGCUUCUGUUCAGACUGAUUUCUGCUUUCUGAAGAAGAGGGAAUUUGUCUUUUCUGCCGCGCUGCCCUUUCUUCUUAUUUUGCAUGAAUCCGUGGAAGGUUUUAAAGCUGAGGCGGCAGAGGGCAGAAGAUUGGAUAAAACGGAAGUUGAACGGAUAAGAGAAGAAGUAAGAAAGGUGGUAACCAAAGGAAGGGCUCCUGGUCUGCUUCGUUUGGUAUUUCACGAUGCUGGAACUUUUGAAACCAAUGAUACUUCAGGUGGUAUGAACGGAUCUAUAGUUCAUGAACUUGAUAGACCUGAAAACAAAGGUCUCAAGAAAUCAGUUAAGAUUCUUCAGGAAGCAAAGAGUACACUGGACUUAAUUAGACCUGUAUCGUGGGCAGACGUGAUAGUAGUGGCUGGUGCUGAAGCAGUUUCAAUAUGUGGGGGUCCAAGUAUUGCUGUUGAUUUGGGUAGAUUAGACUCGGAGAAGCCGGAUCCAGAAGGUAAACUUCCUGAGGAAUCUCUGGAUGCUGUUGGAUUGAAGCAAAGCUUCAGCAGAAAAGGAUUUUCGACACGAGAACUAGUUGCACUAUCUGGAGCCCAUACUAUUGGUGGGAAAGGUUUUGGAAGCCCUGUUGUUUUUGAUAAUGCAUAUUUCAAAAUACUUUUGGAGAAGCCAUGGUCAUCUAACGGUGGUAUGUCAAGUAUGAUAGGGCUACCUUCUGAUCGAGCUCUUGCUGACGAUGAUGAAUGCUUGAGAUGGAUCAAAGAGUAUGCCAAGGAUCAGAAUGUGUUCUUCGAAGAUUUCCAUAAUGCUUAUAUCAAGCUAGUAAAUUCUGGUGCAAAGUGGAGAAGCUAGCAAACAACUGUCCUACUACUACAAAUAUACACCCUAAAGGCAAGCUUUAACUGCUACAUAUUGGCUUAUAGAUGGCUUUGACACGUAUUACUACACUUUUCUACUCCCCAAAAGCAUUGCUUACUACGAUCCAUUGUUGGUAGGUUAAAUGACUGCAAGACAAAGCAAAAGUUGCGAUGAAGAUGAAGCUUCGAAUGCAUUGUGCUUUCAUCACCAUCAAAAAUUAACUCACUCUCUAAAGCUUUAUCUUUUGUUGGCCUAAAUUUGGCUUGAAGCUCUUGUAUUUUAUCAGGAAGACAAGAACAUAACAACUUGCAAUUUAUGGACGUCCCAAAUUCUUGAUAGAGCAAGGAAGGAAGGUUUUUAUAUUUCAUGCAUAUGCAUAUCAAUGUUUCCUUGUCAAAACCUAAAACGUUUAUGGUAUGGGGCUGGGAGAUCCCACAGAUAAAAACUUUACAAUCCAGUUGUGAAUGA